CUAUGUGCCACCAAAGUAACUGCAGAGGAUCACGAUGCCACAUGGAAGCAUAACAGGAUAGGAGACCCAGAAUCUCACCUCUGCAAUUCUGGGCAUGGAUGAAGGCAGAUGCAGAAAUACCUGCUACCUAUGAGGAAGCAACGGCUCUUCUUGAAGAGGAUAACUAAUCUAUGUUUGUGUAUUUAAUUGGUCUUUUCUCGUUCCUUUUAUCAAGUCCCUUCGCUAUUUCGAGUCGAAUGAGUUGCAAACUGUAUGCGCCUGUCAAGAAUUAGGACUACCCUGGCAAGCAAAUCGUGAAGAUCCACAAAUUUCUUCCUGGAACACUGUGUAAGGCAAUGUCAUCUGCUGCUUGACUCCACCUCCACUUGAUCUGAGUUUGCAUCCAUCAGAAGUCAUAGUUACAGAAAAAAAGCACCAACACUGCUGAUCUGAGAUUUCACCUUAAGGACCUUCUAAACCUGAUGUCAACCCAAACCUCAGCAAGUUAUGCUUAUGAUCUUCUGAAUUGUACUGUGCACCCAAAAGAAUAUCCAUUCUGAAAUAAACACAAAAGAAUGAACGAAUAAAUAAAUUAAUAAAAAAACACCUAUUUAAACUCUUUCAAAAAUUCCAGGAGAUGGCACAUCCAUAUGAGUCCUGGUUCCUACCUCCCUCUCAUUCAUCCAGUGUUGCUGCUGAUGGAAGUGUUGCAUCAUGGUGGGACCUUCACAAUGGAACUAGUUGGAUGGAUGUUCAGAACAAUCAAGGUGGCCAUCAAACACCAACACUACCAGGAGUGACCUCUUCAACCGUUAACAGUUAUACUGCAGAGCAUCAAAUGUGUGGUUCAUCAUCACAUAUGUUUUCUUCAACCCAGCAUUUCCUUGGUCAAGAAGGACUUAAGCAGGUUGAUCCUGUCCAGGAAAGUCAUUUUCUUGAUCAAACAGUAGAGGAAACUACAAGACCCAAAGGCUCAAAACGUUCCAUGCCCAGGAAUGCUGGCCAGGCAGUCUGCCACUGUCCCAAUUGUCUAGAAGCUGAAAGAAAUGGAUCUUGUACAGAUUCAACCAAGAAGAACCUGCACAACUGCCAUAUUGCUGGCUGUGGUAAGGCAUAUGCCAAAACCUCUCAUUUAAAAGCUCACCUAAGAUGGCAUAGUGGAGAUCGACCUUUUGUAUGUAAUUGGCUUUUCUGUGGCAAGCGUUUCAGCAGGUCAGAUGAGCUCCAGAGACAUCUCCAGACUCACACAGGCACCAAAAAGUUCACAUGCACUAUAUGUAAUCGUAUUUUCAUGAGGCAUGACCAUCUGCAUAAGCAUAAGAAAACCCACUCAGAAGCCAGAGAGAAAAAUGAGAUGGAAAGUAAUACGGGCCAGGAUGACCCCAUCCAAAAUGAAAAAAUAAACUUGGAUGGUAAUGUCUCCAGCCACAUACUGUAAAAACUUUACUUGUGUCUCUUAAUGGCUAGAUACUUUUAAUAAUUAGUCAUUUAGUGGCAGUGUGUAUUUCUAGAUGUAAAGAAGCCCAGAGUCCUUUGGAUGUUCCUAGAACUGGAAAGUGUAUCAUUUGUACAGUCACAACGUCAGACCAUACUAGUUUGCAAAGGUUCUUGUAAUAAGUCUGAAUGCAAGGCAAAGCCAGAACAAAUAUUUUCUUUUUCAUAAAUCCAAAAACUUAGAGGGCUGGAAAUCCCAGCACCCUUGCUUAAAGUAGAGGCAUGAGAUGUGCUACUAGGCAAACUAACAUAAUUAACAAUAAAUGCUCUAUAUGUUGUUAUUAAGGUCAUUGCUAUUUCAACCUGCAUUUUUUAACAUCUAAUGUCUUGUUUUAUUGGUAUUUUAAAAGAGAAAAUAGUGUUUCUAUAUUAUACACUUAGAAUAUUCUUUUAACUUAUUAGAACAUGCAAACUAGAAGCUAGCAGUAGCUUGAGAGUGUUAGGCCUGCAUAUUGUAUGCUAACCAGUGGAAAUAAACCACAUUGUAGCAGGUGAAAUAACUACUUUGUUUAGAGUAUAAUUUCCAAUUCAUUACAUGCAUUGUCAAAGAGCAAAUCCCAUAAUUUAUUUUGAAAAGUUAUUUUAGUAACCAUACUAUGUGUAAACAUUAUAUGUUUCAAAUACUAACAAGUCAGAGUACUGCAAAAUAGUCUUUUUAAGUCCCUGUAAUGCUAAGGUUGUCAGAGUUACUAGAAAAUAACUUUGUCUCUAUAACACUUUCAGCUCAUCAUUUUUUUAUUCACAUGCACAGUUUUGAAAUAGUUUCAAAACAAAUGUUUUCUCAGUAUAAACAAUAUCAGGUAGGCUUACCAAGAAUACAGAGGAGAUGCUCAGAAUUACUAUUUGUGAAAUGUAUUUGCAAUUAUUAUAAAGUAGUGUUUGUGAGUGACAAAUGCAUAUGCAGUCCAUUUCUGUAUUAAAAUGUGUGAUACUUGGAGAACUUGAGAAAUGCUGAUGGGAUUCCUUACAACAUAAGUAGCUGAUAGAAUGCAUAUGCACUACUUAUUAAAGUCAACCUAAUUUUCAUAAUUUGGAAUUGUUUGCAAAACAGAUCACUUUUCCAUUUAUUAAAUAUUAUGGGUUAAUCAAACAAUGUUUGCUGCAAACUUUGCCUGCUUUUAUUACAAGAAUGAUUAUAUACAUAUACAU